AUGAACGAAGUAAUUUUAGGUAAUGCUAUUGAAGUAUUACAAAGAUAUGAGGAUAAUACAUUUGAUUUAACUGUAACAUCACCACCGUAUGAUAACUUAAGAACUUAUAAUGGAAAAAUUAAGGAUGAGGUUGUCUUUGAAGAUGGAUUUAGUUUCCCAUUUGUGGAAAUGGCUCGUGAAUUAUAUAGAGUAACCAAGAAGGGUGGUGUUGUUAUUUGGGUGGUAAAUGAUCAAGUAAAAAAUGGUGGAGAAACUGGUAGUUCAUUCAGACAAGCACUUAAAUUUAAGGAGAUUGGAUUUACAUUGUACGAUACUAUGAUUUAUCAUAAGAAUGGAGCCCCAUUUCCUGAAACAGGUAGAUACUCACAAGUAUUUGAAUAUAUGUUCGUCCUUUCAAAAGGGAAACCAAAAACGGUUAAUCUAUUAAAAGAUAAACCAAAUAGAUGGGCGGGACAUAGUAAUUUUGGUGAUCCAUCAAAAAGAGAAAAAGACGGAAACCUUAAAAAGGUUGACAAGUUUGUAGUAUCUGAAUUCGGAACAAGAUAUAAUGUAUGGUAUGUUAAUAACGGUAAAGGGUUCUCAUCCAAAGAUGACAUCGCAUUCCAACACCCCGCAAUAUUUCCGGAAUCAUUAGCAGAGGAUCAUAUUCUAUCUUGGAGUAAUGAAGGUGAUAUAGUAUUAGAUCCUAUGUGUGGUAGUGGAACGACAUUGAAGAUGGCGAAACUUAAUAACAGAAAUUAUUUGGGUAUUGACAUCAAUGAAGAAUAUGUUGAUUUAUCAAAUCUAAGAAUACAAAAUAUUGAACCAUACACUAAUGAAACACCUAAUCCAAAAGCAGGAUUCAUCAAUAUCCACGACACUAAAGGAACUGCGGCGAGUGUUAUCCGUGGAUACCAAAAAAACUCAUUGGUUAAUAUCCAAGCAAAAAAUGAGUACGGACAGUGGAUGAAUGUUUACACAAUUAAAGGUGAUAAGACUGAAACUAAAGAGGCAACAGGAACUGGAAGUUCGGGAUCUGAUAUAACAACACCAUUGUUUUCAGGUGAAGAACCCAAAAAAGUUGAAGCCACAGAAGCCGCGUCUUCAGGUUAUGGAGUUGGUGCGUAUGAAGGACCUAGUAUUUGGGCAAAAACCACAAGGAAAUCGUUUGACUAUGUCCAAGAAGGAGAAACUUGUGAAUGUGGAGGUGAAAUGAAAGAAGGUGAAUGUAUGGAAUGUGGAUACAUGAAUGAAGAGAUGAAAGAAAGUAGUGGGUUUGAACUUGACGAUGUGAAACGAUUGAUGGACGGUUUUGCAAAGAAACUACCGACAAUUCAAGGAUCUGUUGGACGAAUGAUGGAACGAGAACUUACCAUUGACGAACAAAUCCAAUAUGUUCAAAAGGCGUCAAAAAUCCGAUGGGCUGAGGGAUCAAUCCCAACUGACAACCAACUUGUUGACAUCCUUACACCAAAUCGUGUGGAAGAUAGUAAUAACGACUUGUGGACAACCUUCAAUGUAGUACAAGAGAAGUUUGUACGAGGAGGGUUUGACUACCGAACUAAAACAGGACGAAAGUCAAAACUACGAGAUCUUAAAAGUAUCUUGGCGAUUAAACUUGAAUAUCUGUGGUUAGACGGAUAUAUGCCGGAACCAAAUUUAAGAAGUAAGGUAAAAAUUGUUAAUUACGAUGACAUAAAAAAUUCAUUUAUAACGGGUAGAUUUCCUGAAUGGAACUUUGACGGAUCAUCAACAAACCAAGCAGAAACUGGGACUUCAGACUGUAUUUUAAAACCUGUAAGACAUUAUUUGGAUGAUAAAUUUGGUAGUGUGUAUGUUCUUUGUGAGGUUAUGAAUUCAGACGGAACACCACAUCAAUCAAAUACCAGAUCAUUACUUGGUAAUGAACAAGAGGAUUUGUGGUUUGGUUUUGAACAAGAAUACUUUAUCUAUGAUAGAAAAAAUAAAUGUAUUUUAGGCCACGAUGAAAACAACUUGGAACCACAAGGUAAAUAUUAUUGUGGUGUUGGAGAAUAUGUUGCGGGUAGAGAAUUUGUUGAAGAACAUAUGAAUUUAUGUUUAAGGUAUGGGAUUAACAUAACAGGAAUAAAUGCCGAGGUUGCACUUGGGCAAUGGGAGUAUCAAGUAUUCUCUCAAGGUAAAUUGAAAUCAGGAGAUGAUUUAUGGAUGACAAGAUACCUACUACAUAAGUUGUCCGAAAAAUAUAAUUAUGGGAUUGAACUACAUCCAAAACCAAUUCAAAAAGGUGAAUGGAAUGGAUCUGGACUUCACACAAACUUCUCAAAUUAUAAAAUGAGGGAAGAAGGUGGUGAAAAUCAUUUUAAAUCAAUUUUCUCAAGUUUUGCCACAAGACACCAAGAACAUAUUGAAAAUUAUGGUUCAUCAAAUGAAUUAAGAUUGACGGGUAAAUUUGAAACCCAAUCAAUUAAUAAGUUUAGUUGGGGUAUUUCAGAUAGAGGCGCAUCAAUUAGAGUUCCACAAUCAACCGCAAAAGAAUGGAAGGGAUAUGUUGAAGAUAGACGACCAUCUUCUAACGCUGAUCCAUAUAAAAUCAUUUAUCAAAUAUGUGAAUCAUUAAGAAAUGCCGAAGAGAUUGACGAUAUCAAACAUAAAAUGAAUUAUAAACUUGAUAUGGAUAACCUUAAGAUGGAUUAUAAAACAAUCCCAACCGACGAACUACUAAAAGAAUACUUCAAUGAUGAAGAAUUUGAAUUGGAUGGAUCUGUGGAUUUAAUCGUCACAUCACCACCCUAUGGAGUCGGUAUUGCAUAUGAUACCCACGAUGAUGAUGUUGAGUUUGAGGAGUAUUUGGUAUUUGCUAAAAAUUGGUUAACUGAAGCGUAUAAUACAUUAAAAGAUGAUGGACGAAUUGCCUUAAACAUACCAUAUGAAAUCAACAGACAAAAGAAAGGGGGAAGAAUUUUCUUUGUUUCUGAAAUGUAUCAAUUAAUGAAAGAAAUUGGGUUUGGUUUCUUCGGUAUUGUGGAUUUGGAAGAACAAUCACCACAUAGAAGUAAAACAACGGCUUGGGGAUCUUGGAUGAGUCCGUCAAGUCCAUAUAUUUAUAAUCCAAAGGAGUGUGUAAUACUUGCAUACAAAAAACACCACAUUAAAAAGGUUAAAGGAGAACCUCAGUGGAAAGGGACACCUACUGAAAUUGAACAGGAGGAUGGAACCAUAAAAAAGAAAGUUGUAUAUGAAGAACAAGAUAAGAAGGAGUUUAUGGAACUUGUUUUUGGUCAGUGGAAUUACUUUGCAGAUACUAAAUCACUCACCAAGGCGACGUUCUCAAUGGACAUCCCAACUAAAGCGAUCAAAAUAUUAUCCUACAAAAACGAUGUGAUUUUAGAUCCAUUUGCGGGUAGUGGAACAACAUUAGUUGCCGCUGAAGUAUUGGGAAGAAGAUGGUUAGGUAUUGAGUUAUCACCAAACUAUACCGAGAUAGCUAAUACAAGA